CGAUGUUGCCCUCAUCUCACCUACCGGACCUAGGCCGGCAGACACCGGAUCUGGACAGUUCAUGCGUGGCUCGAGUCCACCGUUCCUCUUUGCAACCACUCGAUUCGUUUGAACUGCCGCCGCGAGAUCUGGAUGUGGAAGCCGUCACAACUCUCUGUGUUCGUCCCUCCGCCCGACCUGUGCAGCUCUGUCUCCGCAGUGGUGGUCGUCACCACGUCGCCGCCGACGAGACCACCGCGCUCCGCACGCGUCUCGCCGCUGUCCAGGACCCCCUCGGGCUCGCAGAAUCCAAGGCCACGCCCGAGGACCGAAAGGACAUCCCUUCAUCGUUGCUAAAAAAAUCCCCUCUCUUCCCCAACAUCACGUGCGGCCUGCAGGUCGUCUCCUCCGUCCUCUGCCAGUCUGCAUCUCCGCCGCACUCGGUCGAGACCAGCAUGUCCAGGCCGUCUGGCACACUCUUCCUAGGGGCACAGCAGGAGAUCGCUAGGGUCUACCGCCCAGCCGUCCUCACGUCCUGCCGCCCCUACCCACCCAGUUCCUUCUACUCAAAUCCCCACUCAGGUUCAAUUAUAGAAGCUACAAGCAAGAGUCGUCCGCUAUUCUCCCAUGGCUUGCCUUGCAACCACUCUAUGCCUUUCCAGAAGAGCAAUGGUGGCGGGAGGCAUCAGAUCAACGGGCAGACGAGCAUAGCCACAUCGGUCAGACCUCAAAUCCAAGAGCAGGCCUCCCAAGUUCUGAGGAUGCAUAGCCAGGCCACUAGAUUUGUCACAGCCAGAUUGAAAGAUAAUCACGAUAGAGCUGGUAUAGAAGAUAAAAAAAGAGGAUAUAUGCAAGAACUUUAGGAUGUACAUGGUGCAGGGUGUGUUCUGUAGAUUGGCGUCACAUCACAGCUAGCUAGCCUAAAUCGGGAGUGAUUGGGUAUUGCUUCUACUGAAUAUGGGUGAACCUGGUUCCGAAUGGAGCACAAAAAUUCUUAUUAAAGAAAUCAUGGUGAUGCAUUUGUUUGAGUACUUGAUCAUCGAGUGUGAGAGACGAGAAGACCUCCUUCUGCACACGGUUAUACCAGACAAACUUUUCUUUGGAGUUGAGCACACAUUGUUGAUAGAUCUGGGAAGCAGGUCAUGAACUGCGGAAUAUUAUGACGGCCUUCCACGGAGGUGAGAUUUGCAGUCGAAACACAUAAAUUCAGCUUCCGAAUUUAUUUCUUUCUCAAUUUUGUAGUAUCGUUAAUUGAUGGAUUUUGAGAUGGGGAGUAGUCGUCGAUGCAAGUGUGGUGCCGAUGCUAAAUAUA